AUGUCGCCAAAGUCGAGAUAUUAUUCAACGACGAUUAGGUACGAAGAUGAAGAUUACGAAUUUUGGACGGUCACAGCAUCAUUUCCUGCGAUUGAAGAAUUUACACGACUCGAAGAGUGUACCGAGGAGGAACUUCAACACCAGCCAGGAUCAUCAAAACGGAGAAAAACGUGUGACAAUAAUGACUACGUGUACGACAAGUGGGACCGGGGCGGGGGCGGCGGCGCGGGCGGCGCGUGGGCGGGCCGCGAGCCCCGCGACGCUCGCGAGCCGCGCGCCGAGCCCCGCGACACACGCGACCGCGAGCGGGACCGCGAGCGCGAGAGGCAAGCGCGCGCCCACCAGAUGUCCCACGCGCACGCCGCUGAGCCCGACGCCUCCUCGCUCUUCCCUGCGCCCUUCAGGGUAACGGGCAGCAGGGACCGAGUGAGCCAGCAGAUCCAAAUCAAGCUGGGCGACUACCGGCUAGCGCAGACACUGCUCGACGACCCCAGCAAAUCUAUCGGUAUAUGCGCCGAGCCUCCCAGCCCUGCUCCCUGUCACCCGUCCCGACGUGAGAAUGAGUUCAAAAAGCCCGCCAACGCCUUACAAAACGGUCGAGUACACCAUCGCUAUGCUUACAAUAAGAGCGAGGGAGUUAACUCUUCGGGUGCGACUGCGCAUCGGCCGCCUCCCUUACGGAUACCAAACGGCGUUCAAACUCAAAGCAACAUCGACAGCAGCCAGCCGCCCAUAGAGAGUAUACUUAAGGAAAUGAAGUCACUACCGACGCCGCUAUCAGUGAUCGCAGCGACACCUCGAAAGGAGCUCGAGAACAAAUUCAUUUUCAACCCUUACACUAACAAGGUGCAGGAAAACCCCCAACUGGUCAAUAACGAUCUCAAGACAACCCCUACAAAACCCGGCCUAGACAACCGGAUAUCAAACUCAAGGAGUUCUGUAUCACCUGGCGUGGUGAACAAGGACCUUGGUCUGUCGGAGAGUGACGACGAGGUUGCAGCGACCACUACCAGGCUAGAACCCAUCCUAUCGCCUAUCGGCUCGGGAGGUAGUCCGAGUUCAGGCAGCGAGUCCUCCCCCUCGGAUUCAGAGUCCGAGUCCUCUUCAGCGGAGUCGAGUGGAGGGACGGUGCCCCCUCCCGCCCCUGCGCCCCCUCCCGCACAGAGACCCUCCUGGAGCCUAUCAAACUUCGCACCACCUCCGGCUCACGCGCCCGACCCGGCGGAUCUAAGCAAUGUUCUGGCUGAGGCAAAAGGAAAGCCUAGUCCAAUUUCGGAGUUGUCAGAUUCAGAGGCGUCUUCGCCUUCCCCCGGUACAAGGAGACGAAGGUCGUUGGCGAACCGUGUAUCUGCUGCCUCAAGUGACGAUGAGGCACCUAGACCUAAUCCAGUCCGCGUACAAACAUCCCCCAACGUUUCGGCAACUAUCGGCAGCGGUCAGAGUUCGGGAGUGAAACGGGGUCGUCCGCCUAAACCUCGAACUUCCGAAGAGCGGCCGGCCAAAAAGAAGAGAGGCCGUCCGCCCAAGACCAGGCCUCCAUCGCCUGCCCCCGAUAGCGAACCAGAACCUGAACUCCCACACCCUUUACAAGACACCAAGACACACAUCUUCCGCAAGGUAUUCACUCCUAAAAAGGGAGACGAAUGCGGGGGUAAAGGUGGCAAAGGUGGUAAAGGAAAGGGUGGCAAAGGCAAGGGGCAAGUGACUAUAAUUGAAUCAGGUGCAGACGAUGAUGAUAGAAGGCACCGGGACCGUUCAGCCGAACGUCGCAACGAGGAGGCGAUCGCCCGAGUAUCACCUCCACAGGAACCGGAAACACUUACCAGGAAACGAGAAGCCGAAAGAGUCGCUCACGAGAGGAUACAGGAGAGAGUCGCGAUCGAAAGGCCCGACAGAAUACCUGAACGAUCAUCAAACGAUCGACUUCCCGAUCGAACGGACCGAUUACCAGAGAGACGUUCCAGUGAUCGACUGCCCCCCGACAGACUGACCACAGACCGGCUACAAGAAAGACUCUCCAACGACCGAAUUUCAUCUGAGCGAUCGGAUCGGAUGUCGGAUCGGUCGUCCCACUCAAAUAGCGACAGAUUAUCGACGGAUAGAAAGUCGAACGAUCGACUAUCUAACGAUAAAAUGCUGAUCGAUCGGAUACCUAGCGAAAAGAUGUCCAUCGAUCGGUUGUCUAGUGACAAGCUCUCGAUCGACCGGAUACCAAACGACAAAAUGGAUAGGCUAUCGAAUCAAAUGUCGCAUGAUCGAUUGUCGGGUGACAAGAUGUCGCAUGAGCGUCUAUCGAGCGACAAACUCACACAUGAGCGAUUAUCGAACGAUAAAUUGUCGAUAGAUCGUCUAUCAGGAGAUAAAUUGCCCUUGGAUAGGGUGGAAAGGAUUGCGCCUGACCGUUACAUUCGAGCUGAGGCUGACGUCGGGUUUGUUCCAAACUCCUUAACAAACAGCGAGCGCGAGGCGCGCGGCCGCCCGUCGCUGCCCGUGCGCGUGCCGCUGGCGCGCCUGCGCGCGGAGCUGACAUUGGAGGGAAGCAGUGCUGGUUUAGCGAGCCUUAGUGGUCUAGAACGUUCCGAGCGCGGUACGGAAGUGACCCCCAUAUACUUCUCGUACUUCGAACGACUGCCGGCAGAUGCGCUCUCCGACGAGGAACGCGACCACAAGUACUACCUGGGCGAGGCGGCGCGCCUGCGCACGGCGGCCGAGCGCGAGCAGGAGCCGCUGGCGCGCGUCAUGCUGUACCUGGAGUCCGUGCUGUGCUUCGUGCUCACGGGCCGCGUGCUGGAGCUGGAGCUGGACACCAAGCGCGCCUUCACCAUCUACCGCGAGACCAUCGAGUACAUCAAGUCCAUCCACUCCAUGCCGCAGCGCUUCCGCGCCUCGCCGCACUCCACCUUCAGCAAGCUCGACAUACUCAGCCUUCGAGUGCAGGCGCUACUAUAUCUGCGAAUGUUCAAAAUGUACAACCGAGAAGUUAGAGAGUACAACAAGAUUGUGCAGGAGUAUCAGCAGAAGGUUUCAAAACCCGCCUGCGCCGAGGCGGUGCCGGGCGCGGCGCUGUCGUCGUCCGCGCGCUCCGCGUCGCCGCUGUCGCCGUCGCCGUCGCCCGCCGGCUCCGUGGGCUCCGGCUCCGGCUCCGGCUCGUCCGGCUACUGCUCGCUGGCGCCGGGCGCGCCGGGCGCCGGCUCCGGCUCCGGGCCCGGCGCCGGCGCGCCCGGCUACUGCCCCGUGGCGCACGCCGUGCCGGCGCACGCGCACCACGCGCUGCUGCAGCUCACCAAGUACUACACCUUCCUGUACGUGGCGCACGACCUGUGGGAGCAGGCCGACGGGCUCUGCCGCCUGCGGGCCAACCAAGAUUUGUUCAUAGCGGUUGACCGCAAAUGCGGGCCUCUGACGCUGUUCUCAACGUUCCGCCACCUCGUGCAGUACGUGCGUCACGCCAUCUCGCUACUCAAGAACGCGCCGCGCGAGUGA